AUGGCAGAGGAUCCAUCGGAUCUCAAGCUGGAUCCACUCUCAACGACGACGAACAAGUCCCGGAGCUGCAAAUCUUCUACUUCCUCUUCUCCGGUGUCUCAACCGCCGUGUCCAGACCACGUCCUGGAGAACGUUCUUGAGAACGUGCUGGUGUUCUUGACCUCGAGAUGCGAUCGGAACGCGGUGUCAUUAGUGUGCAGAUCUUGGUACCGGGUGGAAGCUCAGACCCGAUUCGAGGUGUUCAUCGGCAACUGUUACUCCCUCUCUCCCGCGAGGCUCACUCGCCGGUUCACGCGCGUGAGGUCACUGAUGCUGAAAGGGAAACCGAGGUUUGCUGAUUUCAACCUGAUGCCUCGUGAUUGGGGAGCUAAGUUCACUCCUUGGGUUGUUGAAGCAGCAAAGGCUUACCCUUGGCUUGAGAAAGUUUGUUUGAAACGGAUGUUUGUUACUGAUGAUGACUUGGCUCUUCUCGCUGAGUCCUUUCCUGGUUUCAAGGAGCUUGCUUUGCUUUGCUGUGAAGGUUUUGGGACUAGUGGUAUCGCUCUUGUUGCUAACAAGUGCAGACAGCUGAGAGUACUUGAACUGAUCGAGUCUGAAGUGGUGGAUGACGAGGUGGAUUGGAUCUCUUGUUUUCCUGAGGGUGAAACCACCAAUCUUGAGUCUCUGUGUUUUGACUGUGUGGAGUCUCCUAUCAAUUUCAAGGCCUUGGAGGGGCUUGUGCUUAGGUCUCCCUUCUUGAAGAAGCUUAGAACCAACAGGUUUGUUUCCCUUGAAGAGCUUCAUAGGCUAAUGAUGCUUCGAGCCCCGCAGUUAACGAGUCUCGGGACUGGCUCAUUCAGUAGCAGCACACACGAUGAACAACAACCACUGGAUUUUACAUCUGCAUUUCGUGCUUGUACAUCGUUAGUUUGUCUCUCAGGAUUCAGGGAUUUGACGGCAGAGUACCUCCCAGCUAUCUCUCCAGUUUGUGCUAAUCUCACCUCUCUCAACUUCAGUUAUGCUAACAUUUCUCCUGACAUGUUCAUCCCCAUCAUAAGCAACUGUCACAAUAUCCAAGUCCUAUGGGCUCUUGACUCUAUAUGCGAUGAAGGGCUCCAGGCAGUAGCUGCAACUUGCAAGGAGCUCCGUGAGCUUAGGGUCUUCCCUUCCGAUCCUAGUGAAGACAGCGAAGGUCCUGUCUCGGGAUUAGGCCUCCAAGCCAUUUCAGAGGGUUGUAAGAAACUAGAAUCCAUCCUCUACUUUUGUCAGCGGAUGACUAAUGCAGCUGUCACAGCCAUGUCUCUUAAUUGUCCUCAGCUUACCGUGUUUAGGCUUUGCAUAAUGGGUCGCCACAGGCCUGACCACGUUACAGGGGAGCCAAUGGACGAUGGAUUCGGCGCCAUUGUCAAAAACUGCAAGAAGCUAACCCGGCUCGCAGUAUCUGGAUUGCUAACAGACCAAGCUUUUAGCCUUAUAGGAGAGUAUGGGAAACUGAUCCGUACGCUGUCUGUAGCUUUUGCAGGGGACAGUGACAUGGGUCUGAGAUAUAUCCUGGAGGGGUGUCCUAAACUAGAGAAGCUUGAAAUCAGGGACAGUCCCUUUGGGGAUGUUGGACUGCGCUCUGGUAUGCAUAGGUAUCACAAUAUGAGGUUUGUAUGGAUGUCCUCAUGUAAGUUAUCCCCUGGAAGCUGCAGGGAUCUUGCUCGCGCUCUGCCUAGUGUAGUGGUGGAGGUGUUUGGGUCUGAUGACGACGAUGAUGAUGACAACAACAAUGCAGAUUUUGUGGAGACAUUGUACAUGUAUCGGUCCCUUGAUGGCCCAAGGAAGGAUGCUCCAAAGUUUGUAACAAUUUUAUGAAGCAGCCAAGGUAAGCUUAGAGAAGUAGAAGAAGAGAAUGUUGUUUGUAACUUUGUAAGUGCUUCUGCAUGAUUGUUUUUUUUAGUACCAUUUGAUUUUGAUGACUCCUCCCCUCCUUUUUGUAUUUGUCUUUGUACCAUGAAUUAUUGUGAGAACUAAAGAAUGCGACGUUUAUUAUUAUCUUGUGUGGUGGUGGGUAAUAAAAUGUAAUCAAUCAAGAGAGAUGUUACAGGCAAUUUUCACGAUUAUUUUGUCUACAAGAAUUAUUGGUGUUAUACAUUACACUGUGAGGU